AUGGAGGCGGCGGAGCUGCGCUGCACGGCGGCCGUGGAGCAGCCGCUGCCGGGGGGACUCGCCCCGCGCCGCCGCGUGAUGCGGGACGCGACCGUGCUGCUGGGCCGCAACGAGCUGCGGCAGCCCGUGCUGCGGGUGGCUGGCGGCAGCGGCGCGGCGGCGGCGGUGCUGAGCUUCGUGCUGGCCGGUGACGCCGUGAGGCUCUUCACGCGGUUCGCGGGCGAGGGGCGGGCGGCGGUGCGGGUGGGGCCGGACGGCGCCCAGGUGCUGCUCUCCGACUGCCCCCCGGACGCGCUGCGUCGCUUCCUCCGUCUCCUGCGGCUCAAGGUGGCCGCGGGGUCGCGGGACGCGCCGCGCCGCCCCCGCCUGCUGGACCGGCCGCCGCCGUCUUUCUCUGUCAUCAGCCCGGUGCAGGAGAGGGACCUGCUGUGCGGCCCCGGCCGCCGCCGUGUGGGCGAAGAGCGAGGGGAGAGCCCGGCGGAGGUGCCCCGCGCCGAGAGGCGGCCCCCGGCGAGGCUCUCGGCGGAGCAGGAGGCGGUGCUGCGCGCCGUGCGGAGCGGAAAGAGCGUCUUCUUCACCGGCUCUGCAGGUGAGGGGCCCCGGCCACCCUCAUCGGCUCCCCGGGGGAAGUCCCGUCCAUUUACCUGUUGCUUCUACCUCGAAGGGACUGGGAAGUCAUUCCUCCUGAAGAGGAUCGUGGGCUCCCUCCCUCCGAACAUCACCUACGCUACAGCCAGCACGGGAGUGGCGGCUUGUCACAUCGGUGGUACUACUCUCCACGCCUUUGCAGGGAUCGGUUCUGGGAAGGCACCGCUGGAACAGUGCAUUCAGUUGGCAGAGAGGCCAGGGGUGCGCCAGCAUUGGCUGGCCUGCCAGCACUUAAUUAUUGAUGAGAUCUCAAUGGUGGAUGGCAAGUUCUUUGACAAGCUGGAGGCAGUGGCAAGGGCAGUCAGAAAACGGGAUGAGCCUUUUGGAGGAAUUCAGCUAAUUAUCUGUGGAGAUUUCUUACAGUUACCCCCAGUCUCCAAGGCUAAUGAAGAAACCAAGUUCUGCUUCCAGGCAAAAAGCUGGAGGAAAUGCAUCCACAUAAACAUGGAGCUGACUGAAGUGCGGAGACAGACUGACAAGACCUUUGUCUCCCUCCUCAGUGCAAUCCGUUUAGGCAGGUGCACAGAGGAGGUUACCAGACAGCUUAUGCAGACAGCUGCUCACAGGUCUGAGCGUGAUGGGAUCCUGGCUACGAGGCUCUGCACCCAUAAAGAUGAUGUAGAAAUAACCAAUGAGAGACGCUUGCAAGAGCUACCAGGAGAAGUGCAUGUGUUUGAGGCUUUGGACAGUGACCCAAUGCUAGUGAAGUUAAUUGAUGCUCAGUGUCCUGUGGGUGGUAGAGUUGAGCUAAAGCUCGGUGCUCAGGUGAUGUUAGCAAAGAAUCUGGAUGUGUCUCAAGGGUUGGUGAAUGGGGCACGAGGUGUUGUUGUAGGAUUUGAAAGUGAACAGAAGAGGCUGCCUAAGGUGAGGUUUCUCUGUGGGGUCACACAGCUCAUAAAAAUGGAGAAAUGGAUCAUUAAAGGACCAUCAGGAGUUCAUUUGAGUCGUCAGCAAUUACCUUUAAAAUUGGCAUGGGCCAUUUCCAUUCACAAGAGUCAGGGCAUGUCUUUAGACUGUGUGGAAAUCUCCCUGUCUCGUGUCUUUGAAAGUGGGCAGGCUUACGUAGCCCUCUCCCGAGCCCGAAGCCUUGCGGGUCUCCGUGUUCUGGAUUUUGACCCAAAAGUAGUGAGAGCUGAUCCUGCUGUGCUGCAGUUCUACAGACAGCUGAGACGGCAUCAGCUUCUAACCCAGGAUUCACUACACACCCAUUCAGAUGCUGAUGAGAAGGAGAACUGGAAAUGCAACUGA